AUGGAUCCUCAGAGGAUCCGGAUCUCCUUCUCCGACCCCGACGCCACCGAGUCCGACUCCGGCGACGACGCGAGCUCUGGCGCGGCCAGGAAGGCUGCCGACAAGACAACGGAGAUCGUGAUCUUGCUUGGCAAGAUGGUGCUCGCCAGCAGGAGCACCAAGAACCCUGCCCCUGGUUCUAAGGCCCAAGCGGCUGGGCCGUCAGCGCUGGCGGCGGCGACGAGCAGCAGGAAGCGCGGCGUCAAGGCGACAAGGUCGGCGCCCAAGAGGCGGUACCGCGGCGUGUACGAGCGCCAGCCCGGCCGGUGGGCGGCGGAGUUCCGGAGCCACAGGCUCAAGGUCCGGCACUGGCUCGGCACGUUCGCCACCGAGGAGGAGGCUAAGGCUGCCUACGAUGCUUUCGGGACGCAGCUCCUCUCGCCCUCGUGCAGCGGUGGCCUGCUGGUGUCGUCCGAGCGGGGCGGUGCCGUUCGCAGAGCGUCACCACAUCCGCCAGAUGAGAAGCAGCAGAUUGUACAGGCUUUGACGGCGACGACGACCACGAUGUUGUCGUCUGCGAGUGCGAUGGCAGUGUCCGUCUCGCCUGCGCCAUGCAUCUCUUCCAUAACGUCGGCGUCACCGCCAUCGCUGUCGCAGAAUUCACGAUCGCACGCUGAUGUGCGGGCGAGUCUUGAUCCGUUCCGGGCGGACGAACCCGCCGAUGAGGAUCUUAUAGGUUUAGCCGAUCUCGCUGGCCUGCCAUUGCCGUUCUUGGAUGGCAACUUGGACUUUGAUCUGGCUGAUUUAUCGCUGUUUGAUAACGGGUUCUUGUGA